CAGAGCGUAAUUGUAGUCCUCCCAUUCCUCUGGUCCGCGGCGGCGCGCAUUUUUGUCUCUUAAAAACUCCCAUCACCUCACCUUCUUCUCGCUCUCACUCUCUGCAACUCCAAAAUUUGUAAGGUAAAUUUUGAAAACCCUUUAAAUUUAUCAACUUUAAUUACUCUGACGACUUCGAGAGGGAGUUUCCGGUAAUUUGAUCUGAGUUCUUAGAUAACUGUCUAAUAUUUUGUAGCAGAAUUUUGAUUUGGGUCCAAAAAUUCGCAUCAUUUUUCAUAUUUUUAUGCGAAGAUUGAGAAUUUGAGUGGUUUUUCACUGUAAAUUUGCUACAGAGUUGAAGGGUACCCUUUGGUUUUGAGCUGUAAUUUGUAAGGUUUUCGCUUUCGGAAAUGGAGGGUACCCUCUAAUUUUGUAAUGCAAGAGGGGAUUGAAAUUGAACAGUAUAUCAUCAUGGAGGCAGAGCCUUCCGGUGAAUGCGUAGGCAAGGUAGUGGACUCGAAUGUGGCAUUGGAAGGUGAAAGCUAUGGACAUUGUGUCGUAGAGGAUGUCGAAGCUCCGGUGGUGUUGGAUGAUGGCAAAGAGGGUGAUGUGGAGAUUGACUUGUCACAGUUAGUAGGAGGUGGGAUUAUAGAGCCCACAUUGGGUAUGGAGUUUACUUCCGAAGACGAUGCUAGGAAUUUUUACAAUGCGUAUGCUAAACAAACGGGGUUUAGCAUUCGCGUGAACUCAUAUUACCGCUCGAAGAAGGAUAAUUCGAUUAUAUCUAGGGAGUUUUGUUGUUCUAAAGAAGGGUUCCGCCGGGAGAAAAAUGCGAAGAGAGAUUCAGGCGAGGAUGUGAAGAGAAGGCGUGCUAGGGCAAUCACUAGGGAAGGUUGCAAGGCGCUGAUGACUGUGAGGAAGCGCGAAAAUGGGAGAUGGUAUGUGGUGAAGCUAGAGAAGGACCAUAAUCAUGAGCUGGUCACUCCUGCUAUGCGGCAUUUCCUUAGGUCGCAUAAGCAGGAUUUUGAUGCUGACAAAAGUUGUAGCAACUCUUUCAGUUCUCCGGGAUUGUCUUUGGAUGCUUCCGCAGAUGUCUUGGCUGAUUCUGGCAGUUUCGGAAAGAUGGCAUUUGCUGUGCAGAGUGAUGUCAAUUAUAUCGGAAGCGGCCGGUUGAGCACUUUUGGCAUCGAUGCCCAAAGUUUGCUUGGGUUUUUUAAGGUUAUGCAAGCGAGUGAUCCAGCAUUUUAUUAUGCAAUACAGGUUGACGAAGAAGAGAGGCUGAGUAGCGUCUUUUGGGUUGACACAAGAUCAAGAAUCGCUUACAACUGUUUCUCCGAUGUUGUAGCCUUUGAUACUACUUAUCAAGUGAACCAGUACAAAAUGCCAUUUGCGCCAUUCACUGGAGUAAAUCAUCACAAACAUUCAGUUCUGUUCGGUUGUGCAUUGCUUGCAGAUGAGUCUGAAUCUACCUUCAUUUGGCUCUUCACAACUUGGCUUGAGGCAAUGUCUGGACGGCAGCCAGGUCUAAUUAUAACCGAUUAUGACCCAGCUAUAAGUCGAGCAGUGCAACAAGUUUUUCCUCAAUCAAUUCAUCGAUAUUGCAAGUGGCAUAUCAUAAGCAAAAUGCCAAAGGAAAUGGGAAAUGUAUAUAGUGUAACCCCAAGGACUUUUCAAGUUGAAUUUGAUAGAUGCAUUAACAAGAGCGAGACACCUGAUGAGUUUGAAUCAGCUUGGCAGAUGCUUCUUGAUAAGUACAGUCUUAGAGAGAGUGAUUGGCUUCAAUCGCUUUAUAUUGAUCGCAAAUUGUGGGUUCCGGUGUACAUAAGAGACGCAUUCUUUGCUGGGCUGUAUGCUGCCCAGCGGAGUGGAACUGUGAACUCGCUUUUUGAUGGCUAUGUGAAUGCUGGAACUACCUUACAAGAUUUUGCAGAGCAAUAUGAAAAGGCUUUAGAUGAAAGAUAUGAGAAAGAAGCAAAGGCAGAGUUCGAAACUUUUUAUACUAAACCGGUUCUAAAAACACCACUUCCUGUGGAAAAGCAAGGAGCAGACAUCUACACAAGAAACAUGUUCACCAUAUUUCAGGAUGAAGUUUUUGAAUCCCUCGUGUUUGCCGUGAAAUUAAGUGCCGAGGACAGAGGAACAAGAACUUAUGAGGUAGCAAGAUUCAACGAAGAACAUAAAAUUUAUUUCGUAGCUUUUAACAUAGCUGAACAACUAGCUAGUUGCAGUUGCAAGAUGUUUGAAUUUGAAGGGAUCCUCUGCAGACAUGUGCUUGCAGUGUUUAAAGCCACAAAUGUCUUUACACUCCCACCCUGUUAUAUCUUAAAGAGAUGGACCCGAAAUGCGAAGGAAGAGGCUAUGUUGGAUGUCCUUCCGUGUGUUGAAUUACAGGGAAAAUCUCAGAAGGGCAGGAACUUGCAAUACAAUGUUCUGUACCACGAAGCCAUUAAAUGUGCAGAGGAAGGGAUGGCAUCUGACCAAAUUUUCAAGGUGGCACUCAACGCAUUAAGAGAGGCUAGGGUGAAAAUUGCUGGUGCAAAGCGAAACGCCAUGAAAUCAUUUCCCCAAAACUAGAAACUAGGGCUAGGACAAGCUAUCAAGGGAGAUGACGCCGCAAUUGCUAGACAGGACAACAAAAACUAAACGUUUGCCAACGCAGCAAGUAGAGGGAGGAUAUGAGACUGACAUUCAUUCAAGUUCGAGGUUUUUCUUUCCUUUUUCUGUUCGUUGAAUAUAAUUCAUGUUAAAAAAAUUCCAAGCAUUACGUUUGGAGAUGCAGCUUAAGAUUUGAAGAACUUGGCUUUCUGGUUUCCUUUUUCCUCUCGAAAUAAGUUUCGUUAAUCUGCACUGAUUUUCCGUAACAUGAACAUUGCGGUUUCAGAUUUGAAGAACUUGGCUUUCUGUA